UUCCGCCCCCACCGUGCCGCGUUUAACAACUCUCUUCUUCUCUCUACAAUGUACGGACACCCGGGGCUCUUCCGACCCGCCGGCGGCGGUUGUGGUGUACCGCAGCCGCCACAACAUCAACAAAUUAAUCUGCUGAACCCUAAUUUAUUCCCGAACCCCAAUCUCUUCUUCCCCCAACAAACCCCCAAUUUAUGGCCUCACUUCAAUCCCUUUCUGCAAAACCCUAACAUAUACCCACAGAAUCAGCAGCUCUUCACCAACAGUAAUUUCCCAAUUCAACUGAAUUACGACAACAACAACAAUGUUCAAGCACCGCAUCCUAAUGGUAACAAUAACAGUAGCUGUAAAUUUCCGCCACAGCACGUUAAUUCGCAAAGGGAGAUUGUUGAUGAACUCGAUAACGCGGUGAUUAGGGCUCGGGCUGAGUUGCUCGGGUCGAAUCAGAACGUUUCUUCCUGGAAAGUCUCGCAGGAGGCUUUGUUGAUGGUAAAAGCAGAGUCUUGGGAGAGUUUGGGAUUCAAAAUGCAGCAAGUGCCUUCGCUUAAACACCUAAUGAUCAUCGAAGGGAAGAUCAAUGCAUUCAUGCAUUGCUUUGUUGAGGUAAGAAGAAUUACUUCAUUGUAUGAAAUGGAAGUGGCAAUCUGUGAGAGAGAGGGCAUUGAACAGUUUGAAGAGCUGGGAUUGGGUCCCUUAUUACAACACCCACUUGUUGUGCAUUAUUUUUCUGUGCCUUCUGAUGUGACAGAAGUGUACAGGAUAAGAAACGAAGAGAUAAUUUCUUACAUACGUGAGUUUAUUGAUACUCACAAGAAAACAGAAAUUAGAGUUGAUACCUUUUUGGAUUUUAUUUGUGAGAAGCAAUCUGUCAGUAGCAGGGAAAAGCUUUGUGUUCGUGUCCAGAACUUAGGAGUAUAUAUUAAUCAUAUUAAAAAGGCGAAGCAAUCAGAAGAAGAUGUAUUAGAAAAAUGCUAUGAGAAGAUAAGAACGGAAUCUGUUAAAAAGAGCCCGAAGGGCCUACUCAUUUCCUCGCAGAAAAAAGAGACGGAUGACGAGCUUACUAUCAAGUCUUUCUCUUCUUUAAAUACCCAAUUUUGUGGCAAACACAUAAGAUUCGCUUCAUCGAGUUCAGACGAUGAUAGUGAAGCUAAUGAAUAUAAUGAGAAGAAUACAGAGAGAGAAAACUACAGUUUGCCACUUACAAAUAGUAGACCCGUCAGUAAAUGCCCCUAUCCAUCAGUAACGGAAGAAAUUAAAAGACUGGGUUCCAAAAGGAAGAGGAAACACGAGAAGAUGAGUUGCAGCGCUUCUUUGCCUCGCAAGAAAAAGAAUAAAAGGAACGUGGUUGAUGUGAUUAUCGAGCCAACAAUCGAGCCAUCAGUCGAGCCAACAAUCGAGCCAUCAGUCGAGCCAACAAUCGAGCCAAUAAGCUCUGGUACUAAGGAGAUAGGUUGUCAUCCUCUCUCCGAUGAAUCAUUAAGGAUGUUUGUUAAAACUUGGAAGGAAAUAUGCCAGGGAAGCAAUGCAGACGAGAAACUUUUUGCAGCGGUCAAAUCACUGCUGGAAAAUUGUCUUUCUACAAAAAUUGAGGAACGGACCCCGACGGUGCUCAACAUCUCAAAUUGGCCACCUGUCGAUUGGAAAACCGCCCCUGGUUUCAGUUCCACAAGUGCAUCUGGUUUGAAAAAACCAAGAGAGGGUAUUUUUGGCGACAAAAAUAUCGAACAAUCUGAUAUAUCUAUUUCUGGAAUCAGCACCGAAUUCAAUAUUGAGGUUGAUCCAAAGACAAUUGCUAUUGCUCAAGGAUCAGUUUCACCCGAUGCGGAUAUUUCCGAGACCCGGUCGAACAAUUCUAGCACUUUUAUUACAACAAAUUGUACGGACAGAGAUGAAGUAUUUGCAGAGCAGAUGCAACUUACAGGGAGAUUAGGGGAGCUUGUGGCUUCGAAAUAUUUCGUGGAUAAAUUAGGCGAGGCUUGUGUGAACUGGGUCAAUGAAAAAAACGAGACUGGCCUACCUUAUGAUAUUGUGUUGGGAGAUGAUGAAAAUACGAGGGAAUAUAUUGAAGUUAAAGCGACCAAAUCCGUGAAAAAGAAUUGGUUCCUUAUAUCAAUGAGGGAGUGGCAAUUUGCGAUCGAGAAAGGUGAGUCUUUCAGCAUUGCGCAUGUCGUUUUAGCGGAUGACAAUAUGGCGAAGGUGACUGUCUACAAAAAUCCGGCGAGGUUGUGCCAGCUUGGCAGUCUCAGGUUAUCGUUUGUGGUUCCAAAUUAAUGAGAGUUUGUCAGACGUAAUAUAUGUUUCGGUGAUCAAAUAUACGUACUUGGGUGGGCGCGAUUGAGAAAUGGGUGGCUGAGGAAGAACUCCGGUAGAUGUUGGUAUGUUAAAUUACAUAACUGCCCUUGAGACUGGGCAGUAACUUUUAUUUGUCAAUUUGAUUAUUUUUCGGCCGUCGUCCGUUUUAUGUAGAUUUGUGACAUAGAAAGUUGUACUGAUACCUGGGAACCGCAUCUAAGAUUUCUUUCUUCAUCAAAUCUUUACCCUUCUUGAUUCCU